ACUCCCAACCAAUCCCUUUACAUCCAAAACCUGCCCGAAAAACUCCAAAAAUCCGACCUCAAACGAAACCUCUACAUGCUCUUCUCAACUUACGGACCCGUAAUCGACAUCACCGCACUGAAAACUCCAAAGAUGCGCGGACAAGCACAUAUUCUGUUCCGCGAUAUCAAUAGCGCGCAGCUGGCUAUGCGAAACCUGAAUAAUAUGGAGUUCUUUGGACGAGAGAUGAGAAUCGCAUACGCCAAGUCCCGCUCCCAAACGAUUGCGAAGCUCACGGGAACAUUUGUCGAUCCGAAACUCGCGGCCGCGAAAGAGAGUGCUGCAGCCACCGCG